CACGCACAGUCAGUCACUCAUUGUUGCUGUGGUAAAGGGACUAGGAAGGACAAAUCUGUUCAGUGUAGGAGAUUGAAUGGCGACUGAAUCUAACUCUGGUCAAGGCAUUAGGGAAUAUGCAGAUUUUGCAACAGAUAAAUCUGGAGCCAGCUGCUCUGAGAACAUCCUAGAGUUCAUCUGUGAGUUACGCCCAGGGAAGGGCCUCCAGGCUGGGGAGAGCCAAGAGACAGUACAGGUAGUGGUGAGGCUACCAGCACAAUGCAGUGUACACCAGCUACGUCUUUGUAUCUGCAUGCAAACUCAAGAGCUGAACUGCCAUCCCGAUCCGUUAAGCCUGUUGGACCCUGAGAAGUUCAUACUGCUUUACCCCAAGGGUGAGGACUGGUAUGAGAUCUUUGACGACUGUCAGGUUCUCCGGACUCUGGAUGUACCGUGGUCACGUGACUCCCGGGGACGGCAGGUAGCUCGCAUAGUGGUGUCGCCUAAGCCAGAUGACACAGAGGAGAGGCAGAUCCACCACCGUACCCUGGUCAACCUGAUUGGCCUUGACCUGGAUACAGUGGCAGCAAAUAGGCUCGGCGAGCUCAGCUUCACACGCAGGAAGCUGGCUUCUCCCCGCCAGGAAGAGCUAAGAAGGCGGGAUCCCAGGGCCUAUGCAACAGAGCCAUGGACUACCUCAGCCCCCAUCCCAAAAGUCCAGGAGGAACAGCUCAGCCGAAAGAUGUCCGUCACCAUGCAUCACAAUGACGUGCGCUUCAUUGUAAAGGUGGAUUUUAAUAUAACACCUGAAGGUCUCAUAAAGGUCUUCCGAAAAAUCAUGGUAGACCAUGCUCUGGAAUGUGAGUCUGGUGACAUGGUUCUCAAGGUCUGUGGCAGGGAGGAGUUCCUCUCUGGAGACUUCCCUUUCUCUGAUUUCCUGUGGGUACGGCAGUGUCUGAAGUCCAUGCAGGCGCUCCAUCUGUCUGUUGUCCCCAUGGCGCAGCUUGAUGAGGACACUGUGAGGGCCGAAGACUGGCCCCUGGUGGACAGCUUCACUGGGCUUUCCAGCUCCCACGAGGAUCUGGCCCUGGAGGGAAAGGACGUGGAUGACAUCCUCAUGAUUUCACUCUGGGACUGCAACCGCAAGUUCAGAGUGAAGCUCCUGGGCUUCGACAUACCACAACCCCCUGGCAAGCCUCCUCAGUUCAUCCACGUGGAGGCCUCUAUCCUCUACGGGAGCAAGGUGGUAACCUCUGUUUGUUCCACAACCAAGGCUUUUGCAGAUGAAGUUCUGUGGAACGAGUGGUUGGAGUUUGAUAUCCUCCUCAGGGAUCUUCCCCGUGGAGCUAAGCUGGGCCUGACCAUCAAUGCUUGCACCCAUGAUAGUACCACAGCGAAGGAAUCCAAGGCCCCAUCCUCUGGCCUUAAAGCUCCAGACUACCAGAGAGGGAAGGGAAAGCUGCUUUACUUUGUGAAUCUCCUUCUGAUAGACCACAGGUCCGUCCUUAGCCAAGGGCCACAUACCCUUCACAUGUGGGCCUAUCCCGAGCUGGAGGAAGAGGCUUUUACCUAUAAGGCGGAUAAGCUCUCCUCUGCCACCAACCCACACGUGGCAGAAUCCAUGGCUAUCACCUUCCUCCUGGACCGCUACAGUUUCCCCGUGGUUUUCCCUCACAGCACAACCUCCCCUGGAUCCUGCUCCUCUCCUGGUCAGUGUCUCCCCUCAUCCUCACCCGACUCCAGCUUAUCUGAUAAAAGCCUGUCUACCACUGCGAGCGAGCUGUUCGCUAGAUCCUCCUCAUCCCCAGUGACCACAGACAGGGCCCGUCUGAGGAGGUUCAGGGAGGAGAGUGUCCAGUAUGCCUCCAACCUCCCACAGUUCCUGCGCAGCGUAAACUGGCUGAGACCCAGCUCUGUGCAGGAUGUCCACUGGCUGCUGAGUCACUGUGAACCUCUGGACCUGGAUGUCUCUGUGGCCCUAGAGCUGCUCAGUGUGGACUUUGCUGAUGAGAGGGUCAGGAAGCUAGCUGUCCAGAGACUGGAGAGCUUGUCUAAUGACGAGAUACUGAAGUAUCUGCUGCAGCUGGUGCAGACUCUCAAAGUGGAGCCUUACCAUGACAGCUUCCUGGCUAGAUUCCUCAUCCAAAGAGCUCUCAGAAGCAAGAGAAUUGGCCACUUCUUCUUCUGGUACCUACGCAGUGAGGUGGCGGGCUGCCCAUUCUUCCGUCAGCGUAUGGCCGUGGUGCUGGAGGCCUACCUGCUGGGCUGUGGCCAGGCCAUGCAGAGCAGUUUCAUGAGCCAGGUGCAGGCCGUGGAGGCUCUACAUGAGGUGGCCAGUGUGGUCAAGGGACUCUACCCUGACAAGACGGACCUCCCAUCCACAGCUGCCCAGAGGCUUCAGGAGCUCCUGAGGACAUGUAAUCUCCCAUCGGACUUCCAUGUGCCCUUUGACCCACGCAUCAGAGCAGGCAGAAUCCUGCUGGACAGGUGCAAGGUUAUGGCCUCCAAGAAGAAGCCUCUGUGGCUUGAGUUUUCCUCCAUGGACUCUCCAUGCCCCUCUGGUCCUCCUGUAGGCAUCAUCUUCAAACAGGGGGAUGACCUCCGACAGGACAUGCUGGUGAUUCAGACACUGGUGGUGAUGGAUUUUAUAUGGCAGGAGAAAUCACUGGAUCUGAAUCUAGUGCCCUAUGGCUGCAUCUCUACAGGACACAAUAUAGGCAUGAUAGAGAUUGUGAGAGAUGCCGUCACCAUUGCUGCCCUGCAGAGGAUCCAAGGAGGCACAACAGGAGCCUUCAAGAACGAUGCCCUGUUUGAGUGGCUCAAGGGGAAAUGUCCACUCCAAGAGAUUCACUACCAGGCUAUGGAGAGGUUUGUUAACUCUUGUGCUGGAUACUGCGUGGCCACGUAUGUGAUGGGGAUAGGGGACCGCCACAAUGACAACAUCAUGAUUACAGACCAAGGGAAUCUUUUUCACAUUGACUUUGGCCACAUCCUGGGGAACACCAAACGGUUCCUGGGGGUCAGCAGGGAGAGGGUCCCCUUCGUCCUCACUCCUGACUUUCUCUACGUCAUGGGCAGGAUCAAAGGUCAACCCAGCCUCUACUUCCAGAAGUUCAGGGACACAUGUACCCAGGCCUACCUGUCCCUGCGCUCCCACUCUCGCCUGCUGGUGACCCUCUUCUCCCUCAUGCUCUUGACGGGGAUCCCUGAGCUCAGCGCUGCAGAGGACAUGCGCUACCUCCGGGACGCACUGCAGGACGACAAGGGCGAGGACGAGGCACGGGACCACUUCCACCAACAGAUAGCAAAGUGCGAGGAACUGGGCUGGACGGUGCAGGCCAACUGGUGGAUCCACAUGUUGGUUGGCAUUAAGUAAAACCAACCUCCAGAACCCCAUUUAUACCUGAGAUUCAUAUGAUUUUAUAAUUUGUUAUUUGUUUUUAAACCCAACACAAUCAGGUGUUACACAACAGACUGGCAUUGACAGGAUAUAGCACUCCCAAGUGUCAGGCCAAAUUAAAAUCCUGCAUGAGGGAGUGCUGCUGUUGUCCGCCUGUGAGAUAUGCUCCAGCUGACUACAAUACAUUGUGUUGAUUAGAAUAAAUUGGUAUGAUAGCAUGUGGACAAUGUAUCACUUCCUUAAUGAUGUCUACUAAACCCAAAUAAAAUGAACUGUAUAUCCUUCA